CGCCUCGAUGGUGUUGUUGGUGCGUUGGAUUUGGGUCGUCGCCUGGGAAUAUCUGCCCGUGUUUGUCGAGGAGCUAUAUACAAGAGCUAGCUAUUCCUGUCACCACGUCCUUUCUCCCAACGUAAAGUAAGAAGAACCCUAGUCCCAUAUCCUCAGGAACGCUUGGAAACAGCACUUCCUAAUCCCACCGUCGGUCAAAUGGCUGCUCUUGCUGAGGCCACUCCGCCAUUCAGCGUCGAUGGGAACACUGGAGGUUCUAUUGAACCCGGGAAAGUCUACGUGAAGGCAAUUUGGGACUAUGAAGCCGUUGAAGACAACGAGCUGCAGUUGAAAGCUGGGGAUGUCGUUGAGGUUGUGGAACUCUGCAACAACGACUGGUACGAAGGAAAGGUUAUCGCGAGCGAGGGAAGGCAGGGGCCCGAUAUCUUAGGAUUUUUCCCGGCUACCCGUGUGGCAUUCUUGGAAACAUACCCACAAACUUUGCUGGACACGUUGAAGCCGAAUGAAGACGAACAUGUCCCUGCAGCAGGGUCACCGCAUAAGAAGAGCCCCACUGCAGCGACGCCACAGAUUGCAGGACCAUCACCAGCUGCCGCAAAGAAGGCAUCUGAGAGCUCAGGCGCUGUGGAAACGGGCGCACCCGCUACCCUCGUGCAGACAGAGCCAUCGACCACCAAACGCGACGCGGACGCGAAACCGACCAACGAGCUCGAUGCGAAAGGGGACUCUGUAUGGCUGCCAGUAACGAGCUCAGACGGGCGACGUUAUUUCUGGAAUUCGCUUACUGGUGAAAGCAGAUGGCGACCGGUCGAAGGGGAAGCACCCGCCCCAGCAGCUCAUAAAGACGAAGACCUUACAAAGGACUGGCCAACAGAGACGCGUGAUAGUCUGCUCGAUACCGAAAUAGAGGCGUUGCCUACUCCGUUGACUACAGCGCCUUAUAUCCUCCAUGAGGAACCUGAAGACGGUGGAAACGGAGACACUUCAGCCCGAAACGCCAUGUCGUCACCCGAUUCACCAUCCAAAGCGCCUCCACCUCCUCCACCUCCACCACCGGUUAUGAACUUUCCCGCAACACCAGUCGAUUCCAGCUCCGACCCCGAGUUAUUGUCUCUCGCUAAACUAGAAGGGGUUCCACCCGAAAUCAUCCGCCGAGAAGGAUACCUGUUCACAAAGCUGAAAAAGCAGGCGCCGUCGAAGAACUCUCUCAAAAAGACCGGAGGUUCCUGGACGCAGCAUUGGGCGAUCCUCUGCGUUGGAUUCUUGUUCCUGUUCAAGGACCAAGCGGGGAAGACAACACAGAGGAAGCCCUUGCAUAUUAUCAAAAUCGACUAUGUUACGGUGGAAGAGGUUGGCAAGGAGCUUACGAAGAAGAAGGGGGCAUUCAGCGUUGCGACGGAGAACGGUGCUGUCUGGUUGAUCAAUCCCUCGAGGGAUGGUGAGAUGCAUGAAUGGAUGGAUGCUAUCACCGAGGCGAGUCGCGAGAGGAGUACGGCAGCCGAGUACGAGAACUCCCGCUCCAAGCUGUUACAACGCUCCGAAGCGAACCUCCCGCGAUCCAACAGCAAAGGCAACAUCCCUCGAUCCGGCAGCGGCGAAGGGCUCAGCCGCUCCUCUACACUUCUCGGCGAAAAGGAGUCAUCGGCACCAGGAACCCCGCGCGGGAAAUCAGAGAAAGUGCCACACAGUCGCCGGUCGACAAAGACCCUUGAUCCGGACGAGGUGCCGUAUGAGGGCAGGAAGAAUAAUGUGAAGAGCAAGAUUGGAGCGUUCUUGUUUAAGAGGCCGAGCGUGGAUAAGUUGAAGGAGAAGGGGAUUAUUCUGGAUGAGUCCGAGGACAUAUUCGGAGGCAAUCUUGCGUCACAAGUCAAGGAUUCGGGGAAACUGGUCCCAACGGUGGUUGAGUUAUGUGUUGCCGAAGUUGAUAAGCGAGGAUUGACAUCGCAAGGCAUAUAUCGACUGUCGGGCAAUGCAUCAACAGUUCAAAAAAUCCGGCAGCUGUUCAAUGCUCAUGAGCCAACGAAUCUGGAUGACGAUGGCUUGGACAUCAACGCAAUCGCCAGUGCUCUGAAACUAUAUUUCAGGGAACUGAAAGACCCGUUGAUACCUUACGCCUUCUUUGACGGAAUCAUAACCGCAGCUAAAAUCCAAGACUAUGAUACCCGCCUGAUCGAGUUGAAAACCAUCAUUCAGUCGCUACCACGGCCAAACUAUGAUACCCUGGAGUUUAUGCUCCGACAUUUAUCGAGAGUCACAGCACAUUCGGGAGAAAACAAGAUGGAAGCGAGCAACAUCGCCAUCGUCUUCGGCCCGACUCUGAUUCGACCAAAGGAGGACGCGACCAGCAGCGGGUAUGCGGAUAUACUCAACAUGACCUGGCAGAACACCGUCGUCGAAAGUAUCCUUGUGCAGGUUGACUGGGUGUUUGAUGGGAAGGCGGAUUGAGGAGACGGACAUCUGCUCCAUCUUCGUUCAUACCAGCAUAGUUUCGCGGACUUCGUUGCGGAGGUGUCGUGCGGUAGGUAGCAAGGAAUG